AUGCACAUCGGAAAUCUUUCUCGUGUCUACUACUUCGAGAAAGGCUGGAAGACUGGGGAGUCAUUCCGCGAUUCGACGAAAUUUUCACUUUUUGAACGAGGGGAAUCAGCAAAAGCUCAAUUGAAAGAUGGUUCAAGCGGUUCAAAACGGGCGACACAAAACUCCUGGGUGAAGAAGAAAAGUAGACAAUUAGAAGUCAACGACCAGGUUCUUCCCGCGGGCGUGGAAGAAGACGAAAGCCUAGCAACACGGAUGCUGGCCGAUGACUUCAGUGUCAACCAGUCGACGAUCAUCAGUCGUCUCAAAAUACUCGGAAACGGGUGGAAAUUGGUUGGAUGGGUCUCCCACAAACUCUCCGGCAACAACAAAACAGAACGUCCCGCUGGAAUCGACGCAAAAGUGCGACAAUGGGAAGGGAAGGAUUACUGA